AUGGGAUCAAUCUCCGAAUCACCAGCCAAAGGGCAGCUGGGUUCAAUCUUCUCGACACUUCCUGAAACACCACUCGACGAGCCAUUCGCCGUGAAUGGAGCAUACAAGCAAGACUGCAAUGCGCAAAAGGUCAAUCUAGGAAUCGGGGUGUACCGCACGUCCGAAGGGGCCGCGUGGCCGUUGCGAGUGGUCGAAGAGACGGAAAAGCAGAUCUACGAAACAGGCGAUGUAAAUAGACACGAAUAUCUCGCCAUACAGGGCGACCAAGAAUUCCUCACUCUCGCCUCCGGUCUCGUGUUCGGAUUUGGCGAAGACAAGGAUAGUGAGCCAUCGAUGACCGAACAGCAACGCCAGCGGGUCGUCUCUAUACAAACGGUGUCAGGAACCGGAGCGAACAGACUCGGUGCGGAGUUGUUGGCUCGAAACGUGCGACCGGGAUGCGUUUGGAUCCCAGAUCCUACCUGGGCCAACCAUUAUACCAUCUGGGACUUGGCGGGAGUGCCAAAGAAGGGUUAUCCAUACUACGAUGCCACUUACAAGACUUUCGACUUCGAAGGGACAUUUCGCACACUGUCGACGUCUGCAAAGGCAAAUGACGUUGUGAUUCUUCAUGCUUGCGCCCACAACCCAACCGGAGCUGAUCCUACACAAGAACAAUGGAAAAUGCUGGCUCAGUUGUGCAAAGAAAAGGGCAUCAUUCCCUUCUUCGACCUCGCCUACCAAGGAUUUGCGUCUGGUGAUGCGAAGAAAGAUGCAUGGGCCAUCCGCUACUUCUUCCAGGAGCUUCACGAGGUUGAAUUCUGCGUGGCGCAAUCAUUCUCGAAGAACUUUGGGCUGUAUGGACAGCGAGUUGGUGCUCUACACGUUGCGUUGUCUUCCACCGCCACGAAUGAUACUGCUUCCAAACUGCACGCAAAUCUGUGCCAUCUUGUCCGUGGAGAGUACUCCAUGGCCCCAAGGGGAGGCGCAGAGAUAGUGAAAACUGUCUUGGGUAAUGAGCAUCUCCGGAAUAAGUGGCAGGAAGAUCUUACGACGAUGAGCCAGAGGAUUCAGCUCAUGAGGAAUGCUCUUUUCAACGAGUUGAUAAAAUUGGGCACACCCGGUGACUGGAAACAUGUUAUAAAUCAGGCAAGUUGUUUCAUCGGCAUGUUCACCUACAUCGGGUUGACGGAAAAUCAAGUACAUGCCAUGACAGAGAGGCAUCACAUUUACUUGCUCAAGUCUGGCCGAAUCUCCAUCUCAGGCCUAAACGAAAAGAAUGUUCGGUAUGUGGCGAUGGCGAUCGACGAUGUCAUUCGCACAGUGGAUUGA